GACAUAUUCAGAAAAGUUGCCAGAGAACCUCCAGAUCAGUUUGAUGAAGACGUUUUUUUCCCCACAGUCCAAGAGAGUCUUUUGUCUGAAACCUGCUGAUCACUACAGGAGACUUGCGCCCGGCUUCAGACAGAUAGUUGCCCUGACUGGAUUUGUACAACAAUAGUUCCAAUAAUUCGAUCACAAUACUGCAAAGCUGCACUCAGUGUACACAAGCUAGCUCCCUGAAGCUCACCAGAAGACACAGCAAAAUAAAAAGCACUGCACACUUUUACUCUUCCACAUCACUCUCCACUAACCUCCAAGUUCUCUGUACGCUCACGCUCUAACCCCCACUGCCAGCAUGGAGAAGGUUCAGCACAUGACUCGCUCUGCUAUGAGGAGGGCAUCCACCAUCGAGGUGAACCCACAGGCCAAACAGAACCUGCAGGAGCUCUUUGUCAAUUUCUGCCUCAUUCUCAUUUGCCUCCUGCUAAUGUACAUCAUUGUGUUGCUACUCUGAGGCCCCAGCCUGGCUCCCUACUUACAGCAGAGACCACCAGCUAGCCAAUGGGAAGACGAACUGUGGUGGUGGAUGCGGGUGGAUGGGUUUUUAGAGAGAACCAAGGAAUUUGUUUCCUUCUGGCUUCCUAUUUGUUUUCAGUUCCAAAGAAGGCUAUAUUUUAAAAAAAGAAAGAAAUACAUAUUUUAAUGUUGUCUAAAACAAAAGCAUUUUUGUGUGUGUGCAAAAAAAACUGUUAGGUCAAAAGCAAUGCACCUGCAAUGUCUUUUUGGCCAUUUUUGUUAUGCGAUAAUGUUACUGCUGAGGGGGCAGGGGUAUGUUCCAGAUAAAGACAACAUUGAUUAAUGCACAGUUUGGAAAAUGUUUCGGCUCACAUGUGAAAUGAAUUUGGUCACCACAGAUCCCUUCACUAGUUUGACAGCAAUAAAGAGGCCUGGGACUGAAAGAGAAGGCAAACGCUUGGCCUUGUGUCAUGCCUGCCUCAGCACUCCUCUGUUGACCGUGUUGCAUGCAGCGGUUUUCUUCUUGUUAAAUGGACUCUGUAUUAAAUCACAAGCAGCACUACUUUGUGAGAAAAGCUAUGCAAUAAAAUGUACAAACAGCUA